UCGGCCUGCUGUCACUCAGUCGUGACGGGGCGGGGCCUUGCCACUGUCCAAUCAGAAGAGUCCUCGGUAGCCUUUGUGGGCGGGGCGCUUUGUGAAGCGGGAGCGCUGCGCGUUUGGGGGGACUGAGCUCGCCCGUCGCUCCCAGCCCCGCCGCGCCGCGGGCCGCCCCCGGCUCCCAUCUCCCCCCGAAGGCCCGAGGGCUGGAACGUCCCCCGGGGUGGCGGCCGGCGCCCGCCGGAGGGAGUCGGAAGGUGGAAGGCAGGGAGCCCCGAAACCCGAGAAAUGGACUCAGUGACCUUUGAGGAUGUGGCUGUGAACUUCACCCGGGAGGAGUGGUCUUUACUGGAUCCUUCACAGAAGAAAUUCUGCAGAGAUGUGAUGAGGGAAACCUUCAGGAACCUGGCCUCCAUAGGUACUCAUUUAGAGAAAAAAUGGGAAGAUCAUAACAUUGAAUAUCAGUGCAAAACCCAGGGGAGAAAACUACGAAGUUAUAUGGUAGAAAAACUCCAUGAAAGCAAAGGAGGUAGUCAGUGUGGAGAAACCAUCAGCCAAAUUCCAAAUCCUGAUCCGAACAAGGGAACUGCUUCUGGAGGACAAUCACUUAAAUGUAGGGUGUGUGGAAAAGACUUCGUGCGUCAUUCAUCCCCGAAUAUACACAUCAGAUCUCACACUGGACAUAAGCCUUAUGAGUAUCACAAAUAUGAAGAUAAGCCAUAUAAAUGUAAGGAAUGUGGGAAAGCCUUCAAUUACCACAAAUCUGUUCACAGACAUGAAAGGACUCACACUGGAGAGAAACCCUAUGAAUAUAAGGAAUGCGGGACAUCCUUCAUGUGGCUCCCAACCUUUCAAACACACAUGAUUACACACACUGGAGAUGCUCCUUAUAAAUGUAAGGCAUGCAGGAAAGCCUUUAGUUCUUCCACUUCAUUUCGAGCACAUGAAAGAAUGCACACUGGAGAGAAACCCUAUGAAUGUGCACAGUGUGUUAAAUCCCUGAGAUCUCUCCUAGGUUUGCAAAUACAUGAACAAAACCACACUGGAGAGAAACCCUAUGAAUGUGAGCAAUGCGGUAAAGCCCUCAGUUGUCCCAGUUCUUUUCGAAGUCAUGAACGGACUCACGCUGCAGAGAAACAGUAUGAAUGUAAACAGUGUGACAAAACCUUCAGUUCUCCUCUAGGUUUUCGGAUACACGAAAGAAUUCACACUGGAAAAAAGCCUUAUGAAUGUAAAGAAUGUGGUAAAGCUUUCGUUUCUCUCUCAAGCAUUCGAACACACAUGAUAACACACACAGGAGAAGAACCUUUUAAGUGUAAAGAAUGUGGGAAGGCAUUUGUUUGUCCCAGUUCUUUUCGAUCCCAUGAAAGGACUCACACUGGAGAAAAGCCAUAUGAAUGUACACAGUGUGGUAAAACCUUCAGUUGGCCCAGUUCCUUCCGAAUACAUGAAAGAACACACACUGGAGAGAAACCCUAUGAAUGUACAGAAUGUGGGAAAACCUUCAUCUAUCGCACAACCUUUCAAGGACACAUGAGAAAGCACACCGGAGAGAAACCCUACAAAUGUAAAGAAUGUGGGAAUUCCUUCAUUUCUUCCUCGAGUGUCCGAACACACAUAAUAAUGCAUACUGGAGAUGGGCCUUACAAAUGUGAGGUAUGUGGGAAAGCCUUCAAUUUUCCUAGUUCAUUUAGGGUACAUGAAAGAACUCACACUGGAGAGAAGCCCUAUGAAUGUAAAGAAUGUGGUAGAGCCUUCAGUUGUUAUACAUCAUUUCGAACACAUGAAAAUACUCAUACUGGAGAGAAACCCUAUGAAUGUAAAGAAUGUGGAAAAGCUUUCGUUUAUCGUACUACCUUUCGAGGACACGUGAGAAUGCACACUGGUGAGAAACCAUACCAAUGUAAAAAAUGCGGAAAAGCCUUUAGUCGUCCCAGUUCCUUCAGAAGGCAUGAAAGGUCUCAUAUUAAAUAAAAACUUGAAUUAAGAAAUGUGGACAAAGACAUCAGCUGGUCUUCAUCCUUACAUGUGAAAAUUUUCACUGGAAUGAAACCCUGUAAAUAUUAGUAAUGUGAGAAAGUCUGAUAUAAAUUAAUCCAUAUAUAAUGUUCUGGAACACUAUAAUAUGAAAGAAUUGUUAUAAGUGUAUUGCUUUUAUCAGUGCCUCAUUUUUAAACUGGACCUCUGAAGUGUGGAUAUUUACUGCCCAAAAAUGAACAGUGAGGUAAUACUCUUCAAGCAACACUACAUAGAUUAAUAGAUGUUUCCUCCUUAAAUCAGUUAACAUUUU